AUGAAGAGAUUUUUUUCUGUUGAAACAAAUUCUAAAAAAGAUAUAUCUGAAAAAGAAGACGAAAACCAAGUUGAACCUUCUACUGAAAUUUUGUCAAAUGAAAAGCCAAAGCGAAACAAAAUUAGAUCUAGUCCUAAUCCGAAAGAUGUAAAUGGAAUACUAUUUAUGUUUUGCAAAUGGUGUGAAUCAAAGAAUUAUGCCAAUGAACUUGCAAAAGGAACAAGUAAUUAUCGAAAACAAAGUAUUGACCGACACCUUAAUCAUCAUGAACAUAAAGCUGAAGCUGAAGCCAGAAAAAAUCAAAAUAUUAUGGCAAUUAAAUUUUCACUUCAAUUAGCUACCGAUGCUUUUAUGAAUCUUUGUAAUACACCUGCAGCAUUAGAAUUACCAUCGCAUUUAUUAAAAAAUUUACCAUUAGAAUCAAAUGAAUAUGGAUCUCAUUUAUCAGAAACAUCUGCUAAAGAUAUUGAAGAGGCAAUUGUAUAUGUAAUUGAAAAAGCAUUAUAUGAAGAAAUUAGAAGUUCAAUUAACUGGAGUAUUAUGAUUGAUGAAACUAAUUCUAUUACUAAUGAAAAGCAUUUAGCUAUUGUAUCUCGGCAUAUGUUUUAUAUUAUACUAGUUACACGAUAUUUAGGAAUUAUUAAUUUAGAUGAACUUAAUGCAGAAGCAAUUAUAUUAGAUUUAAAAAUUUUUUUUAUUGCUAAAGGAUUAGAAAUAAAAAAUUUAUUACAUUUUUGUAGUGAUGGGGCUGCUACAUUAAUUGGUAAAAAAACAGGUGUUGUUAAACGAUUUCAAGAAAUUAAUCCAUUUAUUACAUCUGUUCAUUGUAUUACACAUAGACUACAUUUAGCUGAAAAAGAUGCAGCAAAACAUGUUCCAUAUUUUAAUCAAUAUGAAACUAGUAUUAAAAAAUUAUAUAUUUAUUUUUCAAGUUCUUAUCAACGUAUGCAAAACUUAAAGAUGGUACAAGAUAUAUUAGAAAAUCCUCAAUUAACUAUUCUUAAUACU